AGAGGCGGGAUAAGGAGAGUGACGGCCAAUGUAGAAAACUUUGUUAGCUUCCUGCUAACUUUGCUCUCACGGCCGUUUUUGGCAAUGUCGUUAAUAGUUUGAGUCGAGAUACAAGAACGCCCGAAAAGAUGGACUGUCAUGGAGAUGACGAAGAUGGAGAUCUUUGCAAAUGGGCCAAUGCAGUGCUGGUAAAUGGUAAAAAUGAAUUCAGAGUGCGAGUACAACAGUUUUUGGAGGAGAGGAUGCAGACCACAAUGCUCACAGGUGUUGUAAUUGGAGCUGCAGUUGCAAUCUCACUGAUUGGGAUUGUAGUGCUCUUCCUAUACAGGAGAUUCAAACUUGCUCGUGAACAACAGCCUGGUGUUCCACAUUAUCGCUUCAGAAAAAGAGAUAAAGUACUCUUCUAUGGAAGGAAGAUAAUGCGAAAGGUCCAGACGCUUUCUUCGAUUCCUCCUCCCCCCUCCUCCUCUGCCUCUGUCUCAAAGCAGCCACAACGUGUACGCAAAAGAACCAAAGUUCUAAGCAUAGCGCGCAAAAUCCUUAGGAUCCGUAAAGAUCCUCCCACACUGCAGCCCAAGGAGCCCCCUCCCUCCCUUUUGGAAGCUGACCUGACAGAGUUUGAUGUGCAGAGCUCAAACCUGCCAUCUGAAGUCCUUUACAUGUUGAAGAAUGUCAGGGUUCUUGGUCAUUUUGAGAAGCCCCUGUUCCUAGAGCUGUGUCGCCACAUGGUGUUUAUAGAGCUGCAAGAGGGUGAAGGUCUUUUCAGACCAGGAGAUGACGAUGACAGCAUUUAUGUGGUCCAGGACGGCCGACUAGAACUCUGCAUCCAUGAAAAUGAUGGUACAGAACCAGUGGUGAAGGAUGUACUCCCAGGUGACAGUGUCCACAGUCUGCUCAGUAUUCUGGACAUCAUCACUGGUUAUCCAGCUCCUUAUAAGACUGUGACUGCACGGGCAGCAACUCGCUCCACCAUCUUACGCUUACCUGCAUCAGCCUUUGAGUCUGUGUUUAAGAAAUACCCAGAGACACUUGUGCGCGUCAUCCAGAUAAUCAUGGUGCGGCUCCAAAGAGUCACCUUCCUGGCAUUACAUAACUAUCUGGGCCUAACAACGGAGCUAUUCAAUCCGGAGAGUCAGGCUGUGCCCCUGUCCAAUGUGAACAGUGUGAUAGGGGAGGCAAAUUCUGGGAAGAUGGUUCGUCGUUUGCAUUUCCAGGAUGAGUUACCUGCUGGGACCCCAGAGCCUUCAGCUGAGACAGAUGGUUUAAAGGACAGCCCUUCAAACUGCUACAGGAAGCUGCGAUCCAUCUCAAUGCCCGCCGACUGUGCAGUUACAGGAAAUGACCUGAACAUGGCUUGUGAACGAGCUCGAGUCACAAUUGAUGAGACUCCAUCCAGUCCGGUCAUCCCCAAAUCUAGUAUGAAGAAGAGCGUGACCAUGCAACACACACCCUCAGAAGUAUUUCACUAUACAGACAGCGGGGGGCAGUCUGAUGCCAUCCACCUUAGCAAGAGCAACACAAUCUUCCAUGCUGCUAAGAAAGACCUACUGGGAAUCAUCCAGCUACAGGAUCCCAGUUUACUUGAUGGCAGAGUGAGCCUUCAUCAAGUAAAAGCUGGUUCUGUUGUGGCUCGUCAAGGUGACCAGGAGGUGAGCAUUCAGUUUGUUAUUUCUGGCCUCCUUCACGUUUACCAGCGAAUGAUUGACCGUGAAGAGGAGACACGUUUAUUUGUGACACAUCCAGGAGAACUUGUUGGUCAGCUCGCUGUUCUGACGGGCGAGCCCCUCAUAUUCACUGUCCGAGCUCAGCGAGACUGCAGUUUCCUCUCCAUUUCAAAAACCCACUUUUAUGAGAUAAUGCGUGUGGAGCCAAAAGUAGUGCUUAAUGUAGCUCACACAGUGGUGAAACGGAUGUCCUCUUUUGUCAGACAGAUAGAUUUUGCUCUUGACUGGAUGGCUGUGGAAGCUGGCAGGGCUGUUUACAGGCAGGGAGAGAAAUCAGACAGUACCUUCAUAGUACUGAGCGGUCGACUGCGAUCUGUUAUCAUGAAAGAGGAUGGCAAGAAGGAGCUGAUAGGAGAGUAUGGACGUGGUGACCUGAUCGGAGUGGUAGAAACCCUGACCCACCAGAACCGAGCCACAACAGUCCACGCUGUACGAGACUCUGAACUGGCCAAGUUGCCGGAAGGAGCUCUGAGAUCCAUCAAGAGGAGGUUUCCCCAGGUUGUCACCAGGUUGAUUCACUUACUGGGGCAGAAGAUACUUCAGCAGGUCAAUGGUCCUCUGACAGCUCGCAGCUUGGCCCUCCACACCCCCGGCAGUAAGUGGGAUGCAGGGAACCAGGCUUCCAACCUCUCUACAGUGGCGGUGCUGCCUGUGUCAGAAGAGGUGCCUCUCACAGCCUUCACUCUGGAGCUGCAGCAUGCCCUCAUUGCAAUAGGUCCUACUCUUCUGCUCACCAGUGAUACUAUCAAACAGCGCCUUGGAGCUGCAGCUCUAGACAGUGUCCAUGAGUACCGUCUGUCCAGCUGGCUGGGCCAACAGGAAGAUAUCCAUCGCAUAGUUCUGUACCAGACAGACUACACACUGACCCCGUGGACACAGAGAUGCAUCCGUCAGGCCGAUUGCAUCAUUAUUGUGGGACUUGGAGAGCAGGACCCUGCUGUUGGUGAGCUGGAGCGUAUGUUGGAGGGGAGUGCUGUGCGAGCCCAGAAGCAGCUGGUGCUGUUACACAGAGAAGAUGGCCCCCCACCCAAAGGAACUGUGGACUGGCUCAAUAUGCGAAGCUGGAUCUCCAGGCACCUCCACCUCUCUUGUCCCAGAAGAGUCUUCUCAAAGAGGAGCCUGCCCAAACUGAGGGAGCUGUAUCAGCGUGUGUUUGAGAAGCCAGCUGACCGUCACUCAGACUUCUCCCGACUGGCUCGAGUCCUAACGGGCAACACCAUCGCCCUCAUCCUAGGAGGGGGAGGGGCAAGGGGCUGUUCCCAAGUGGGGAUAAUGCGUGCUCUCUGCGAGGCUGGCAUCCCAGUGGAUCUUAUUGGUGGCACUUCUAUUGGUUCCCUGAUGGGAGCACUGUACGCUGAGGACCGUAGCCAUAGCCGCAUGAGGAUGAGGGCUAGAGAGUGGGCAAUGGAAAUGACAUCAGUAUUUAAGAAGGUUCUGGAUUUGACCUACCCCGUCACAUCCAUGUUCUCUGGUGCUGCUUUCAACUCCAGCAUCAGCAAUGUCUUCAAGAGCAAACAAAUAGAGGACCUCUGGAUUCCAUAUUUCAAUAUUACAACGGACAUAACUGCCUCAACCAUGAGAGUACACACUGACGGCUCUCUGUGGCGCUACGUUCGUGCCAGCAUGUCUCUCUCGGGGUAUCUGCCUCCUCUGUGUGACCCCAAGGACGGACACUUACUGAUGGAUGGAGGCUACAUCAACAACCUGCCAGCUGAUGUAGCACGCUCCAUGGGGGCCAAGGUGGUGAUAGCUAUUGACGUGGGAAGCCGGGAUGAAACCAACCUCACUAAUUAUGGCGACUCACUUUCAGGCUGGUGGCUGCUAUGGAAACGCCUCAACCCCCUCGCUGAGAAAGUAAAGGUGUUAAACAUGGCAGAGAUUCAGACUCGUCUUGCUUACGUGUGCUGUGUGAGGCAGCUGGAGUCUGUGAAGAACAGUGACUACUGCGAGUACAUUAGGCCUCCGAUUGACAGAUACCGAACACUGGAGUUUGGGAAGUUUGAUGAGAUUGCUGAGGUGGGCUACCAGCAUGGCAAGACUGUAUUUGACGUGUGGGGUCGCAGUGGAGUGGUGGAGAAAAUGCUGAAAGAUCGACACCAAGAGGAGUUCCACAACACGGAAAGCAAAAACAAUGUGGUGACAUGUCCCAAUGCUUCCUUCACUGACCUGGCAGAAAUAGUGUCUCGCAUCGAGCCCGUCAAACCUGCUCUUGUGGAUGAGGAGUCAGACUACCACACUGACUAUGAAGAGGAAGCAGUGGAAAGUGCUCUGUCUGACAUGGAGCUUUACAAUCGCUAUGGAGAGCACACAGAAGGGGAGGAGACUGCAGACACGGAUGAAGAGCUGGAGGGAGGAUGUGCACCUCGUGUUUCUCUCCACACCAGCAGUCAGUCCUCCGACGUCCCUGACAGUCCACAGGACAUGCCGUCCAACCAGGGAGUCCUCAAUAAAUAGACCCUUAAAUGACGACUAGCCAAAUGAACUCCGCCUCAACAGGUCAUUACUAUUUAACCUCUCUGUCUUUGCCACCUUUUACCUUUUCAGUCUGUCCAACACGACCUGCCCUGCAGACCCGCUCUCCUUCUGCCCCUGGCUGUCAGCGUUAAGUUGAUUAGCAUUUUCCUAAUGCUAAUGAACGGAACCUUCAAAAAUUAAACACAGCCAGCUUGUAUUAAAACAUGUUCUGCUGCAGACUCUUAUGCAUUCCUAUUCUAUACAGGAGCAACUUCUGAACAUUUCUCAUAUUGAGAUCCAAAACACUUCAGCAGCUUUAUAUGAAAUGUACCAAUCCAGCUGGAGUUAGUAUCUUCUCACAUCUCUUCUAUUUCCAUGAAAUAUUUCUAUAACAUAAAUCUAGGUGAAAACUGGACAUCUUUCUACAUCACACAGAAUGAAUAGAAAAGGUGGUUAUCAAGUACAAAGUUACAUUUGAUAAUGUUAUUUAUUUACAGUUUUGGUUUAGAGAUGUGUCUGUGAGCUUUCUACUGCCACAUAAGUACAAUGGAUGUGAAUGGAAUUUAAGUUGUGGCGCAGAAAGUACCGCAUUAAAAGUCAUGUAAACAAUACCAUUAUGUAAAAACUUGACGUGACAAAUAUUCACUCUGUUAUGCAUAAACAUUUCCACGUCUUUGUAAUAAAUCAUUAUUUUUUGUGGUACCAAUUACAUAUUAAAAAAGCUGCCCUUUUAGUAGCUGUAGCAACAUUAAAAAAAAAAAAAAAAAAAAAAAAAACUCUCUAAAAACCUUCAUUUUAGUUAAUUAUUACUCUCACCACAGUAAAAAGUACCAAGUGCCACAUUUUUCAAUAUUCACUGUAAUGUGUAAUAAACAUAAAAUGCAGAGUAAUUCUACACAUUGUAUACAAGGUGUGUAUUACAAAGUGCAAGAAAUGAUUACAAAAUACGUAUUACUUCAGACUGUACAAAUAGAUGGAUACUGCAGUGAUGUUUCCUAUAUGACUCCAAGCAGUUGAGACGUAGCUACAUCACAUGUACCUUUGAUUGUGAUUGGUCUAUAACUGCACAUGUGAUUGUUUCAGGACCAUGAUUAGCAGCCCGUCAAUCCUUUGCCUUUAUUGUAAUGACGAAUUAAUUAGAAAUGUUGGAGAAACAUAUCGGCUCUGUAUUUAGUGUUAGUUAGGCUAAAGUCUCAUUGAAUAGAAUAGAGGAGGAAUUUAUGCGAUGGGCAGUGACAUCCAUCUUUAUAAUAUGCAAUCAAGUGAAUAUUUGUGACAUGUUGAGUUUUCACAUGAUGCACUGUUUCAAGUCUACAUUUUAUAUAUACAGGUCAUUCUAAGAACGGACUGGUUUACGUUUUUCAGAUUUGUAUUCAGUUAAACUGACACAAUGUUGCUCACAUGUUGCUCUAAUUGGCCAGCUGCACAGAAGAGAAAAAACAGGUAGAGUUUAAGCCCCUCUUUGUAGUGUUUUUAAUCCCUUUCAUCCCUACAGUAAUUUUUGUCAUUACUAUACAUGAAAAUGUCUGCUAGUAGCCCAUUAUUUUAACUGUUAGUACGUGUCAUCCUUCUGUCUGACAACUUUUCAGCCUUUCAUGGACUGUCACCUGUUGGACAAAGGAAUGAUUACAGGGACCAGAACUGCUUUCAUGACUGUACAUAUGGGCAUGUGUUCUACCAAGAUGUGAUGAAAACAUUUGAAGCCCCCCCAGGUUAUGUCCCACACCACCUUUUGCUCGUCAAACAGGUCUGAUUAUUAUUUUUAAGCAUAAACUGAGCAGGAGGUUCAUGGCCAUGGCUGUCAGCGGUGUUUUGUCACGCGCUGUGUGCCAGGGACAUGGAAGGAAGUAAUCACUGCAAUCCACUUCAAAGCACUAGUUUUCCUCUUGGCUGCUGAGAGAGCCCCCCCCUCCCCAUCUGUUUUCUGGCUUGAAUCUAUCAGACUCAGACUGAGCAGCAGACACUUUGGAUCUGUCGACUGAACUCUGAAGCUCUGCUCCUCUCACUGCGGUUUACUGUUUACAGCAGCAGGGCACAAAUUAUUUGACAAAGUCAAGAUUUUCCCCAUUGAUUUGGAUAAACAGUUUUCUUUUGGUUCUAUGUAGUUUGCCACUAAGCGGAUCAACUCCUGAUUAUUUACUAGAAAAGAAUAAUGAAAUUAUUGUAUUUCAUAUUUAAACUACAAUGAACACAAAUUAAGCUCUAGAUUGUUUUAUGCACAAUUUUAUGACAACUGGACAAUCAUUCCAGAAAUGCAAUGCAUUGCACAAUUGAACUAACAAAUUGUUAUACAGCCUUUAUUAAAAUUACACAAUAACAUUUUGUAGGUUUAAUUUCAUCACAAUGAACCUUAUCUGAGCCCUGACCAUUAAUGGACUUAAGGCUAAAGUAAAUAUAUAUCAUUGAUUUGAUUCAAGUGGGUAUAAAGAAAAAAAAAAAAACUUUAGGUAACAUGACUCUUAAUUUGUCAUCCUCAUUUUCAGCAUCAACAUUUGGAGUAAGUAGCUUGUGAAAUGUACAGCUCCAUCUGUUCCUUCAACGUGUGAUGCAUGCCAUCAACCUCACUUUUUGAGUGUGUGUGUGUGACUCAGAAGUAAAUGAAAUCUUACUGCAGAUCACUGACUUUAUAUUGUUAUCUAGUCAUGUGAAUAUUCAGAUGUAAUUGAAGUAAAAGGUAAUUGGUCUCAUAUUUGGGCAGUGUUAACCAUUGAACAAGUUUGUCUUAUGAGUCACCAAUGCAAAAUGUGAGAAACUGAAAUGUGCCAUUUCUGGCCGGGCUCUAUUAUUAUGCUUAUCAAUGCAAUUUUCUGUCGUCUCCUUACUACUGUAGAUAGAGUUUAGCACUGCAGGCCUCGCUGUGUGAAGCUGUGAUCUUGGCGAACACCGGUGCUACACGCCUGUAGCCUUACAUGAUAAACACUAUGGGGAGCCCAUAUGGUGUUAGUUAAGUGGAGGCUGGACACAAUAUGUGAACAUGGCACAGUUUAGGAAAAUACUGCAUUUUACUGAUGAGUUGAUGGUGUUUGUGCCUGCUUUUUUUUUUUUUUUUUUUUUUUUUGGUACUUUGGGUUGUUUCCAGAAACUGAGCACAAUGAAAUGAAAUCUGGCAGAAUGAAUGUUUUGCUACUUUAUUAAAUGGGAUGCUGUAAUGGAUGAAACGCUGGUGUAAUGUUUGGAACUGUGCCAUGAAAUGAAUGUAGGAAAGCCUUAACUCAACCCCACACAAACAACCGCUUGUGCCCUCAUUUGGCAUUAAUUUGAUGAUUAGCUAAUAGUUAAGUUUACCAAGAGGCCUGUACUGUAUAACACCAGUUACCUGUCGAUAUUUAUGUACUUUGAUAAUGUUUUGGGAAAUCAGUUGUUACUAAUAAAAACAUUGUGCCUGUA